CCACUCAAUGCAGGAAGAGGUGGAGAUUUGUUGCAAAGAGCAGUAGUCUGUCACAGUUGGGCAGAGCUUCAAGUGCAGGGGGGCUUUCCAGCUCUGACGCAGCAGUUAUUUUACCCAAAAGGAAACAUUUGCACCCAGAUCGUCUCGUCUCCCCUGCGGCUGUCAUGGCUCUCCUGACGGUCCUCACGCCCGUCCUCGCAGUGGUCCUGUGCUUUUUGAUAGGCCUCAUGCUGCUGAGGUCACAGGACAAAGAGACCACCUCCCCUGGAAAAACUGAAGGGGCUCCAAAAGCGGACUUCAGACCGUGGGUGGACCAGGACCUGCAGGACGAUACAGAAAUCAAAGGAAAAGAGGAAGCGGAUGGCGAUUGGGUUGAAAGCAAUGAAGAGGAAGAGAUCCCACACGUGCCGCACUCGGCACCAGGUUACCCAGAGGGGACGAUGCUGGAAAGAUCCAAGGACUUUUACACCCUGAUGAACCAGAGGAGGAGUGUUCGAUUCAUCAGUCCGGAGCCGGUCCCACGAGAGGUCAUCAAUAAUGCCAUCCUCACUGCAGGUACUGCCCCCAGUGGAGCCCACACGGAGCCUUGGACGUUUGUUGUGGUGUCAGACCUGGGGACCAAGCACCAGAUCAGACGCAUUGUGGAAGAAGAGGAGGAGGUCAACUACCGUCAGAGGAUGGGGGACAAGUGGGUUAAUGAUUUGUCCAAACUUAGGACAAACUGGAUCAAGGAGUACUUGGACGUUGCGCCGUAUCUAAUCCUCGUCUUCAAACAGACCUACGGCAUCCUUCCAAAUGGCGAGAAAAGGACACAUUACUACAACGAAAUCAGUGUCUCCAUAUCGUGUGGCCUCCUGUUGGCUGCAUUGCAGAACGUGGGUCUUGUCACCGUCACGACGACGCCUCUGAACUGCGGCCCCCAGCUCCGGCUCCUCCUGAAACGGCCAGCCACUGAGAAGCUGUUGAUGUUGCUUCCUGUAGGGUAUCCUGCUCGUGACGCCACAGUGCCUGACUUGAAACGAAAGCCUCUGGAUGAUAUCAUGGUGCACGUAUAACAGAGUCAGUCUGUGGAGGAAAUAUUGUUUUCAAAAUGUGCAUAAUUAGAAUCCAUAAAAUCAUAUUUUAAAGUAAAAUGUUGGUAAUUGUCUUCAUACAGAAAUAUAUAACCAUGUACGUCAAUUUAUGGGAUGGGCUUUCACCGUAAUAUACAAAUUUUAAAUUGUUCAAACAAGUUUGAUUGUGUUAAACAAAUUGUUUCCAGCACUGCUGCCAUAAAAAUCUGUUUUCAGUUGUUUGUUCUGGGAUUGCUUGUGUAAUUUGUCUAAUGACCACAGUACACAAUUACUGAAAAA